AUGUUCAGGCUGGUUUCCUCGUAUUCAUCCAGAGGCCAAGGAGGCUUUUCCAGAACUGUAUUUUCCUUGAAACCGCUUGUUACCAAGAGACAUGGCCAUGAGUAUGCUCCACAAUACAAAAAUAUUGAUAAAAAACAGAAAGGGAGAGUUACGGUCAGAACAGGGUGCUCAGAUAAAGGAACAACACUCAACUUCGGCACAUAUGGAAUGAGGCUAAAGUCAGAAGGUGUUAGAGUAACCGCUGCUCAAUACAGAGCGGCUGACAAUGUGCUGAUGAAAUUCGUUAAAAAAGAAAAUGGUCUUUAUUGGAAACGAUUGUGCACAAACAUUGCUGUUUGUAUCAAGGGUAACACAAUUCGUAUGGGUAAAGGAAAAGGAGCAUUUGAUCACUGGGCGGCCCGUGUACCAACAGGUAAAGUUAUUUUUGAAGUGAAGGGUAUGCAUGAGCAGAGUGCCAAGGAUGCUUUGAGAAGAAGCUGUGAAAAGCUACCAGGUGUGUGGGAAUUCAUAACGUCAUCAUCCCCUCCUCGUUUGGGCUUGAAAAUGGUCAAGGAAUCCUCCAAGAAGAUAAAUUUUUACGAGAGCCUGAAGAACAAUCCUACAAAGAAGUUUGCCAAUGUUCUGAAAUCGAUGGAACCAAUUUAUAAGGCUUACAAUGGAAGGGCUCGCUGA